UUAUGGUACAUGUGGAAUCAUGGCUUCUCUUCUUAGCCACUCGAAACCCAUUUCCUUUUUUCAACACCGUCAUCAAUAUCAUCCCUCCCAACUACAACAGAACCGACCCCUCUGCUUCAUUAAUACCAAUGGUCUUUCUUUGUCUUUCUGCCUAGCCAUUUCUUCUUUUCUGAUUCUUUAGCGUCUUCAGAUCGCUCUACCUUUCAAUCUCAUUUAUAGCAGGAAUAUGUUUGGAGGCGAUUGUAACAAUUCUAUGCUUCCUGCUUUUGUGGGGGAGAAUCGGUUCCAGUAUAUUGCUAAUGCAUUGCCCCAGCUUCAGUUAUUUGGGGAUGUUGGGUGUAAAGUUGGUUCCUUAAACUAUGUGGGAAAUGAGCAGACGAUUACUGUGGACCAGCAGUUUAAAAGAAGCAGAGAGAUGGAAUCUAUUCCCAGACAGCAGAAGUGCCGUGUAUCUUUAAAAGAUAACUUUCACCAAGAUGAAUCUGGUCAGCCUGGUUGUGUUCUGAAUCCAAACCCUGUCUCAACUGGUCUGAGGCUUUCAUGCGAGGAAGAUGAACACAAUUCUUCUAUUACUUCUGCCUGUGAAAAUGUGUCUUGUCCCAUCCCUAUAUUGUCCAUUGGAGAUAAUCUUAAGGUUGAGAUUGACCGCCAAAAGGAAGAAUUGGAUUGCUACAUUAGACUUCAGGAAGAGAAUAUUGUAAAGGGUGUAAGAGAACUAAAGCAGAGACAGACAUAUUCAUUUCUCACUGCCGUAGAAAGAGGAGCUGGAAGGAAGUUACAUGAAAAGGAACUUGAAAUUGAAAACAUCAAUAACAAGAACAAAGAACUAGAAGAUAGAAUAAAGCAAGCUAGCAUGGAGGUUCAAUCCUGGCACUACAGAGCAAAGUACAAUGAGUCUGUAAUUAAUGUGUUGAAGAACAAUCUGAAGCAGGCAAUGGCACUUGGUGCCAUACAUGGUAAAGAAGGUUGUGGGGAUAGUGAGGUCGAUGAUGCAGCCUCUAACACUAAUAUGAACCAAAUUUAUGUUGAUGGUUCAGGAAAUUCGAGCCCGACAAUGAAGGAGAUGAAUUGCAGAGCUUGUAAGGUCCAGGAAGUUUCAGUCUUGCUUUUACCAUGUAGACAUUUAUGUUUAUGUAAAGAUUGUGAAGGGUGUAUUGAGAUUUGCCCAAUCUGUAAGGCAAUGAAGACUGCAAGUGUUCAAGUAUACAUGUGUUGAGAGUGGGAUGUAUCUAAGCACUUGGCAGUUGGUAAGAAAUUUGUUUAAAUUAUAAUGUUUAUAUGACCAUUAAAUGUGUGAGUUUUUGCA